AUGGGAGACAAAGACAUGGAGUGUUUUGGCGCAGCUGCCAUCUACCUCAGAAAACCAGAAAGAGAGAGGAUUGAAGCUCAGAAUAAACCUUUUGAUGCCAAAACAGCAUACUUUGUGGCUGAACCCAAAGAGAUGUAUCUCAAAGGUACACUAAAGAGUAAAGAAGGUGGCAAAGUCACUGUCGAAACUCUAUGUGGCAAAACUAUCACAGUAAAGGAGGAUGACAUAUUUCCCAUGAAUCCUCCUAAGUUUGACAAAAUUGAGGACAUGGCUAUGAUGACCCACCUCAACGAGCCUACUGUGCUGUACAACCUCAAAGAGCGCUACGCAGCAUGGAUGAUCUACACUUACUCAGGGUUGUUCUGUGUCACCGUGAACCCGUACAAAUGGCUUCCAGUAUAUGAUCCGGUUGUUGUGGUUGGAUACAGGGGUAAAAAGAGGGUUGAGGCCCCACCCCACAUUUUCUCCAUCUCUGAUAAUGCCUACCAGUUCAUGCUGACAGAUCGGGAAAAUCAGUCCAUCCUGAUCACUGGAGAAUCAGGAGCAGGAAAAACUGUUAACACGAAACGUGUCAUUCAGUACUUCGCAACAAUCGCAGUUUCUGGACAGAAGAAGGCAGAGACGGUUUCUGGCAAAAUGCAGGGUUCUUUGGAGGACCAAAUUAUUGCAGCCAACCCCCUGCUAGAAGCUUAUGGUAAUGCCAAGACUGUGAGGAAUGAUAAUUCUUCUCGUUUCGGUAAAUUCAUAAGAAUUCACUUUGGAUCCUCUGGAAAACUGGCUUCUGCUGACGUUGAAACAUAUCUACUGGAAAAGUCAAGAGUAACAUUCCAGCUGUCUGCUGAAAGGAGCUACCACAUCUUCUAUCAGCUCAUGACUGGACACAAGCCUGAACUACUCGAGACUCUGCUCAUUACUACCAACCCAUAUGACUACCCUUUGAUCAGCCAGGGUGAAAUCGUAGUAAAGAGUAUCAAUGAUGUGGAGGAGUUCAUAGCUACUGAUACUGCUAUUAACAUCUUGGGCUUCACCGCUGAUGAGAAAAUUAACAUCUACAAACUGACUGGUGCUGUGAUGCACCACGGCAACAUGAAGUUCAAGCAAAAGCAGAGAGAGGAGCAGGCUGAGCCUGACGGCACUGAGGUGGCUGAUAAAAUCGCCUACCUUCUGGGCCUGAACUCAGCUGAUAUGCUGAAAGCCUUGUGCUACCCCAGAGUGAAGGUUGGAAAUGAGUUUGUGACCAAAGGCCAGACUGUACCUCAGGUUAAUAAUGCUGUCAUGGCUCUCUGUAAGUCCAUCUAUGAGAAAAUGUUCUUGUGGAUGGUUGUGCGAAUCAAUGAGAUGCUGGACACAAAGCAGCCAAGGCAGUUCUUCAUUGGUGUGCUGGACAUUGCUGGAUUUGAGAUCUUUGAUUUCAACAGCUUGGAGCAGCUGUGCAUCAACUUCACAAAUGAGAAACUGCAACAGUUUUUCAACCACCACAUGUUUGUGCUGGAACAAGAGGAGUACAAGAAAGAAGGAAUUGAUUGGGAGUUCAUUGACUUUGGUAUGGACCUGGCUGCCUGCAUUGAGCUUAUUGAGAAGCCAAUGGGCAUCUUCUCCAUCCUUGAAGAGGAGUGUAUGUUCCCCAAGGCAACAGACACAUCCUUUAAGAACAAGCUGCAUGACCAGCAUCUUGGAAAGUCAAAGGCCUUUGAGAAGCCCAAACCAACGAAAGGCAAAGCAGAGGCCCAUUUCUCUCUUGUACACUAUGCUGGCACUGUAGAUUACAACAUUGUUGGCUGGCUGGACAAGAACAAAGACCCUCUGAAUGACUCUGUUGUGCAGCUGUACCAGAAGGCAGCCAACAAACUUCUGUCUUUCCUCUAUGCAAGUCACUCCUCUUCUGAUGAUGCUGCAGGCAAAACCAGCAGUGCUGGCAAGAAGGGUGGCAAGAAGAAGGGUGGUUCAUUCCAGACAGUGUCUGCUUUGUUCAGAGAGAACCUGGGCAAACUGAUGACCAACCUGAGGAGCACUCACCCACACUUUGUGCGAUGCUUGAUUCCCAAUGAGUCUAAGACUCCGGGUCUGAUGGAGAAUUUCCUAGUUAUCCACCAGCUGAGGUGUAAUGGUGUGCUGGAGGGUAUCAGAAUUUGCAGAAAGGGAUUCCCCAGCAGAAUCCUCUACGGUGACUUCAAGCAGAGAUACAAGGUGCUGAAUGCAAGUGUCAUCCCAGAUGGACAGUUCAUUGACAAUAAAAAAGCUGCAGAGAAGCUGUUGGGAUCCAUUGAUGUGGAUCACACCCAGUACAAGUUUGGGCACACAAAAGUAUUUUUUAAAGCUGGUCUCCUGGGAACCCUUGAGGAAAUGAGAGAUGAAAAACUGGCAAAUCUAGUGACCAUGACUCAAGCUGUGUGCCGUGGCCACUUGAUGAGGAGGGAGUUUAUCAAGAUGAUGGAGAGGAGAGAGUCCAUCCUCACUAUACAAUAUAACAUUCGCUCAUUCAUGAAUGUGAAACACUGGCCAUGGAUGAAACUGUACUUUAAGAUCAAGCCUCUUCUAAAGAGUGCAGAGACUGAGAAAGAAUUAGCAGAACUGAAGGAUAAUUAUGAGAAAAUGAAAGAAAAUCUUGCUCAAGCACUAGCUAAAAAAAGGGAGCUUGAAGAGAAAAUGGUAACACUGUUGCAGGACAAAAAUGACCUGCAGUUGCAAGUGGCAUCUGAAGUCGAGAACCUUUCAGAUGCUGAAGAAAAAUGUGAGGGACUUAUCAAGAGCAAGAUCCAGCUUGAAGCCAAACUCAAAGAAACAACUGAAAGACUGGAAGAUGAGGAGGAAAUCAAUGCAGAGCUGACCGCCAAGAAGAGGAAACUGGAGGAUGAGUGCUCUGAGCUGAAGAAGGACAUUGAUGAUCUGGAGUUAACCUUGGCUAAAGUGGAGAAGGAGAAACAUGCCACUGAAAACAAGGUCAAGAAUUUGACUGAGGAGAUGGCCUCUCAGGAUGAGAGCAUUGCCAAACUCACCAAGGAGAAGAAAGCCCUCCAAGAGGCACACCAGCAAACUCUUGAUGAUCUCCAGGCAGAAGAAGACAAAGUCAACACUCUGACCAAAUCCAAGACAAAGCUUGAGCAACAAGUAGAUGAUUUGGAGGGUUCUCUAGAACAAGAGAAGAAACUUCGGAUGGACCUCGAGAGAGACAGAAGAAAACUUGAGGGUGAUCUAAAACUGGCCCAGGAAAAUAUAAUGGACCUGGAGAACGACAUGCAGCAGUCAGAGGAAAAACUCAAGAAGAAGGACUUUGAAACAAGCCAACUUCUAAGCAAGAUUGAAGAUGAACAGUCUCUUAGUGCUCAACUUCAAAAAAAGAUAAAGGAACUACUGGCUCGUAUUGAAGAGCUGGAGGAGGAAAUUGAGGCUGACCGUGCAGCUCGUGCUAAAGUUGAGAAGCAGAGAGCUGAUCUCUCCAGGGAACUUGAAGAGAUCAGUGAGAGGCUCGAGGAGGCUGGUGGAGCCACAGCUGCACAGAUAGAGAUGAACAAGAAGCGUGAAGCUGAGUUCCAGAAGCUGCGGCGUGAUCUGGAAGAGGCCACUCUGCAGCAUGAAGCCACAGCUGCUGCCCUCCGCAAGAAACAAGCUGACAGUGUUGCUGAGCUUGGAGAGCAGAUCGACAACCUUCAGAGGGUCAAACAGAAGCUGGAGAAGGAGAAGAGUGAAUACAAGAUGGAGAUAGAUGACCUGUGCAGUAACAUGGAGGCUGUGGCAAAAUCAAAGGCAAAUCUGGAGAAAAUGUGCAGAACUCUUGAGGACCGACUGAGUGAACUCAAAACACAAUACGAUGAAAAUGUUCGUCAGCUGACUGACCUGAGUACUCAAAAAUCCAGACUUGCCACAGAGGCUGGUGAGCUUGGACGCCAGCUUGAAGAAAAAGAAACUCUUGUUUCUCAGCUGACCAGAGGAAAGCUGGCCUACACGCAGCAAAUAGAGGAGCUCAAGAGACACAUUGAAGAGGAAAUGAAGGCCAAGAACGCUCUGGCUCAUGCUGUCCAAUCAGCUCGUCACGACUGUGACUUGCUCAGAGAGCAGUUUGAGGAAGAGCAGGAGGCCAAGGCUGAGCUGCAGCGUGGAAUGUCCAAGGCCAACAGUGAGGUGGCUCAGUGGAGAACCAAAUAUGAGACAGAUGCUAUUCAACGUACUGAGGAGCUUGAGGAGGCCAAGAAAAAGCUUGCCCAGCGUCUACAGGAGGCUGAAGAAACUACUGUAGCCAUAAACUCCAAGUGCACUUCUUUGGAAAAAACGAAGCAGAGACUACAGGGUGAAGUGGAGGACCUCAUGACUGACAUUGAGAGAGCCAAUGCACUUGCAGCCAACCUUGAUAAGAAGCAACGGAACUUUGACAAGCUCUUGGGAGAAUGGAAGCAGAAGUACGAGGAAAGUCAGGCUGAGCUGGAAGGAUCUCAGAAAGAAGCUCGCUGUCUCAGCACUGAGCUCUUUAAGAUGAGCAACUCUUACGAGGAAACCCUUGAACAGCUGGAGACCCUAAAGAGAGAGAAUAAGAAUCUACAGCAGGAGAUAUGUGACCUCACUGAACAACUUGGUGAAAGUGGAAAGACCAUCCAUGAGCUGGAGAAGGCAAAGAAGACAGUGGAAAGUGAGAAAUCAGAAAUCCAGACUGCUCUUGAGGAGGCUGAGGGUACACUUGAGCAUGAAGAAUCCAAGAUUCUUCGAGUUCAGCUUGAGUUCAACCAACUUAAGAGUGAGAUUGACAGGAAGCUUGCUGAGAAGGAUGAGGAGAUGGAACAGAUUAAGAGGAACAGUCAGAGGGUGAUCGAGUCCAUGCAGAGCACUCUGGACUCUGAGGUCAGGAGCAGAAAUGAUGCCUUGAGAAUCAAGAAGAAAAUGGAAGGAGAUCUCAAUGAGAUGGAGAUUCAGCUGAGCCAUGCAAACCGUCAGGCUGCUGAGGCACAGAAGCACCUCAGGAAUGUUCAAGGACAGCUCAAGGAUGCUCAACUUCAGCUUGAUGAGGUUGUCAGAGGACAGGAAGACAUGAAGGAGCAGGUUGCCAUGGUGGAGCGCAGGAACAACCUGAUGCUGGCGGAGAUUGAGGAGCUGAGAGCUGCACUGGAGCAGACAGAAAGAGGCCGCAAAGUGGCUGAGCAGGAGCUGGUUGAUGCCAGUGAGCGUGUGGCACUGCUGCACUCUCAGAAUACCAGUCUUCUCAACACCAAAAAGAAGAUGGAAGCUGACCUCAUACAGAUCCAAAAUGAGGUAGACGAUACCAUCCAGGAUGCAAGAAAUGCUGAAGAGAAGGCCAAAAAGGCUAUAACUGAUGCUGCCAUGAUGGCAGAAGAGCUGAAGAAAGAACAGGACACCAGUGCUCACCUGGAGAGGAUGAAGAAGAACCUUGAGGUUACAGUCAAAGAUUUACAGCAUCGCCUAGAUGAGACUGAGAGCCUUGCCUUGAAAGGUGGAAAGAAACAGCUCCAGAAACUGGAGGCUAGGGUGCAUGAGCUGGAGGCUGAGGUUGAAGCAGAGCAGAGACGUGGUGUUGAAGCAAUUAAAGGAGUCCGCAAAUACGAGAGAAGAAUGAAGGAACUUACUUAUCAGACUGAGGAGGACAAGAAGAAUGUGAACAGACUGCAGGAUCUGGUGGACAAGCUCCAGCUGAAGGUGAAGGCCUACAAGAGACAGGCUGAGGAAGCUGAGGAGCAGGCCAACACUCACCUGUCCAGGUUCAGGAAGGUGCAGCAUGAGCUGGAGGAAGCUCAGGAGCGUGCUGACAUCGCGGAGUCCCAGGUCAGCAAGCUCAGAGCCAAGAGCCGAGAUGCUGGGUUGGGUAAGGACACCAUGGAGUAAAGAGGAAACGUGAGGUCACAGUAAUUAUAAAAUAUGAACAAAUUGUCUAAAAGCUUGACUAUAAUAAAGACCAUUCAAUGUU